GAGUCUCCAAGAUGAAUACUACAGCAAUGAGCCCACUCACCGUUACUCCACUAGGUUUUGUUCCAGACUUCAAAAAUUCCACUCUUGAUCCUCUCAAUGAGACUGCAUGUGAAAACUGGAAAGAGAUUCAUCAUCUUGUUUUCCACGUGGCAAACAUUUGCUUUGCAGUUGGACUGGUCAUUCCAACUACUUUGAAUCUUCAUAUGAUUCUUCUGCGGGGCCUGCUCACUGUAGGAUGUGCAUUAUUCAUCAUUUGGGCAACACUCUAUCGUUGUGCCUUGGACAUAAUGAUCUGGAAUUCUGUGUUUUUGGUUGUCAACCUUUUGCAUUUCAUAUACCUAGUGUAUAAAAGAAGACCGAUCAAGAUAGAGAAGGAGCUUAGCAGCCUCUACAAGAGAAUGUUUGAACCUCUCCAUGUGCCUCCAGAGCUCUUCCAAAGACUAACUGGACAAUUCUGCAACAUUCAGACUCUGAAGACAGGUCAAGCCUAUGCAGCAGAAGAUAAAACAUCAGUUGAUGAUAGGCUAAGCAUCCUGCUGAAGGGGAAAAUGAAGGUGUCUUAUCGAGGCCAUUUUCUGCAUAAUAUUUACCCCUGUGCCUUUAUAGAUUCUCCUGAAUUUCGGUCGACACAGAUGAACCGGGGUGAGAAAUUCCAGGUCACCAUUAUAGCAGAUGAUAACUGCAAGUUCCUGUGCUGGUCCAGGGAAAGGCUGACUUACUUUCUGGAGUCUGAGCCAUUUCUUUAUGAGAUCUUUAAGUACCUUAUUGGCAAAGAUAUUACAAAUAAACUUUAUUCAUUGAAUGACCCAACCUUAAAUGACAAGGCUUCAAAGAAGAUUGAUCGACAGCCCAGCCUUUGCUCUCAGCUCUCUGUGAUGCAGAUGAGGAACAGCAUGGCCAGUACCAGUGACAGCGAGGAUGGCUUGCAGAUGUUUCUUCGUGGGACUUCCUCUGCAUCCUCUCUUCUGACAGGUCCAGCAGAGCGCCUUCCCUAGUUGACUCGUCCAUCACUUGAGCGAAGAAAUUGCCUGCUGCGUUCCAGAAAUCUCCUGGACUGCUUGCUCCCAGCCCUGUUGCCUUUCCACCAGAUACAGGGGUGGUUAAAAUUCCCCACGACAACCAAGGCCUGUGAUCCACUUGCUGAAGGACUGCUGCCUUCUACUUGCUCUUGUUGAUCAGGCAGCCUGUAGCAGAUUCCUGCCACGAAGUCUCCUGUGUUGGUCUGUUCUCUGAUCUUUACCUUUGAACCCUCGAGUGGCUUUUCACCUGUUCUACACACAGCAGAGUUCCAUGAAAUUGAAGCCAUUCUUUUGCAUAGAGAGCCUUUGGGUGAAUUUGCACACUCAGAAAAAAAAUGUAGAACUGUGUUUGUGCGAUUAGUUAGAAUUCAAAUGUGUCUUUCAGGCUUAGCAGCAAAACUCUUACACCAGUAUUUCAGCUUUGGGAGAAAGUAAUUGAAAUGCAUGACAAAGUUCAGCUGUAAUUAUAUAAAUCCCCAUGAUGCAUUUGUGCUUAGCACAUACUUGAUAAAUACACUUUUCUCUGUCAUACUU